AGAAGGAACCUUACCCAACUCCUUAUCUCUCUCUUGUUCUUUCUCUUUCCCACAAUUUUCUUCAUAGAAAAGGGCAUGGCACAGAACACAACAAUCCCAGUUAAAGUGGGAGUGGUUCUGGACUUGGAUACAUGGGUUGGGAAGAUGGGGUUGAGCUGCAUCUCCAUGGCCCUCUCAGACUUCUAUGCCUCUCAUGGCCACUACAAAACCAGGGUGGUUACAAAAAUCAGAGAUUCCAAAGGAGAUGUUGUUGGUGCAGCUGCAGCAGCUGUAGACCUCUUACAAAAUGAGGAAGUGGAAGCCAUAAUAGGGCCGAGAUCAUCGAUGCAGGCCAACUUCAUGAUCGGUCUUGGAAGCAAAGCUCGGGUGCCCAUCAUUUCCUUUUCUGCAACAAGUCCCUCUCUUUCUUCGCUUCAGAGUCAAUAUUUUAUCCGAGCUACCCUAAAUGACUCAGCUCAAGUACCGGCAAUAAGGGCAAUAGUCCAGGCCUUUGGAUGGAGAGAAGUUGUGCUUAUUUACGUGGACAACGAGUAUGGCAAUGGAGUCGUACCGUCUCUGACUAGUGCCUUGCAGGAGGUGGACACCCAUGUGACCAACCGGAGCGCCAUUCAUCCAUCGGCAACUGAUGAUCAAAUCGUUAAAGAACUUUACAAGUUGAUGACGAUGUCAACUAGGGUUUUCAUUGUGCAUAUGCUUACGCCUCUUGGCUCCCAGCUUUUUACCAAAGCAAAGAAGGCUGGAAUGAUGGAAGAAGGCUAUGUUUGGAUACUAACUGACGGGAUAACUGACACCUUGAGUGCUUUGGACGCUUCAGCCAUUGAUUCGAUGCAAGGGGUGUUGGGCGUCAAGCCCCAUGUUCCAAGAACCAAAGAGCUUGAAAGUUUUAGAAUCCAAUGGAAAAAGAAAAUACAAGAAAAAUAUCCAACCAAUGAAAUCUCUGAGCUGGAUAUUUUUGGACUUUGGGCCUACGAUGCUGCUUCUGCACUAGCCAUGGCAUUUGAAAAACUUGGCGCGGGAAACUUCAGCCUCCAAAAGACUAACAUUUCCAGAGAUUCAACCGGUUUUGAGAGUAUUAGAGUUUCCCCAGUUGGUCCAAAUAUUCUCCAUUCACUAUUAAGUACUCGAUUUAGAGGCCUUAGCGGAGAUUUUCAAAUGUUUGAUGGGCAACUUCACUCGACAGCCUUUCAGAUAGUUAAUGUGAUUGGUAAAGGGGAAAGAGGGGUAGGAUUUUGGACUCCGAAAAAUGGAAUUAUAAGAAGACUGAAUUUCACAAACACAUAUUCCACUUCUAAGGAAAACCUAGGAAUAAUUGUAUGGCCUGGAGAACCUACUUAUGUCCCUAAAGGUUGGGUGCUUCCAGUAAAUGAGAAGAAGUUGAAAAUAGGAGUUCCAGUGAAUGCUUUUAGUGAAUUUGUAAAUGUGACAUGGGAUCCCAAAACUAAUGCCACAAAGGUCACUGGGUACUGCAUAGAUGUAUUUGAUGCGGUGAUGGGUUCACUACCAUAUGCUGUUCCUUACGAGUACAUUCCCUUCGGAACCCCUGACGGCAAGUCUGCCGGUAACUACAAUGAUUUGAUAUAUCAAGUGUUUCUAAAGAAUUAUGAUGCCGUGGUGGGAGAUACUACAAUUGUAGCGAACAGGUCCAAGUAUGUAGAUUUUACAUUACCCUACACUGAAUCUGGAGUAUCAAUGAUCGUGCCCAUCAAAGACAACAAAAGCAAAAGUGCAUGGGUUUUCUUGAAGCCA